AUGUCUGAAAGACCACAAAAUCCACCAAAUAACAACAAUAAUACUCAAAACAAUCAAGAUACUUGCACCAUUUAUGGAAGUCAUUUCUACAUUCAUCCCUCAGAUACUACUAUUAUUAAACUUGUUCCUGAGCCCUUCAAUGGCAUAGGGUUCAUUGAUUGGAAAAGAUCUGUUAUGCUUACCUUAUCCCCUAAAAACAAAUUUUGUUUCAUUGAUGGCUCCCUCCCUGAACCCCUCUUAAAUCAUAUCAACUAUGCAGCUUGGCAUAGAUGUAAUGACAUGGUCAAAAAUUGGUUACAUUGUUCAUUAGUGAAAAAUAUUGCAAAGAGUGUGUAUUACUGCAAAACUGCAACUGAGAUAUGGAAUGAUUUGGAAGAAAGAUAUGGCCAAGCUAUAGCUUCACAAUUAUAUUCUUUAAGGCAAAGUUUGUUGGAUGUUAAACAAGAAUCUGAUGAAUCAUUUGCUGAUUUCUACACCAAAAUCAAAAGGAUUUGGGAUGAAAUUGAUAUGCAUGAUCCCUUAUCUGUAUGUUCAUGUAAUGCUUGCAAUUGCACUUCUAGCCAGAAAAAUCUAAGAUCACAACAGCCAAGGAGAGUAAUGUCGUUCUUGAUGAAGUUAACUGAUGAUUUCAAACAAGUUAGAAGUAAUGUUCUAUGCCAUAUUUCUGAAUAA